UGUGAGCAGAGCCUGUCUGUACGGUCUAUGCUCGCUCGCCCCAAAUGGACGGCUUCCGAAGUGUGUGGACACGGAUAACGGGCACAUCACUUGACUUUCUCCCUUGAUCUCUUUAUCAACGAUUUUGGCUGCUUUUUCAUCUGCUGCGAGGGCUCUAGUGAUGUCCUAGCAGUUUCUCUCUGAUGGCAUCUCCUGUCUCCUCACUGCGUGCUGGAUUUAAUAACUAGCCCUUCUGGAUACACCACGUUAAUGUAAACAACUCUACGUUAGUUACUGAUCCGGAGUGCACAAGCUGGUGGAUAGGGUAUUGAGGACGGAGGAAGCAGAGGGCAUGUGGACUCAGGAGCUAAAGAUUCUCUCUCACCUGGCCUGCACUGUGUAAACUAAACUCCAGCCUCUACUGCAGACCAGCAGCCCCUGUCUGUAACCGGUAGGAUGGUGGCAGGGGAAGCAAGUGGGCACAGCUACCUGGUGGCGUGCUGGCAGCCCAUCCUAAUUUUGAUGCUGGGCACUGUACUGUCUGGCUCGACCACUGGCUGCCCGUCCCGCUGCGAGUGUAAUGCCCAGGAGCGCUCCGUUGUGUGCCACCGUAAAAAGCUGAUGUCGGUUCCCGAGGGGAUCCCAUCCGAGACACGGUUUCUAGACCUCAGCAAGAACCGCAUCAAAACUAUCAACCCUGAGGAAUUCUCUGGCUUUCCCAACUUGGAAGAGCUGGAACUGAAUGAAAACACCAUCUCCACCAUUGAGCCUGGAGCCUUUAACAACCUGUAUGGCCUACGGACUCUUGGGCUGCGCAGCAACAAGCUGAAGCUUAUCCAGCUGGGCGUAUUCACAGGCCUCAGUAACCUCACUAGGCUGGACAUCAGUGAGAAUAAGAUAGUUAUUCUGUUGGACUACAUGUUCCAGGAUCUGUAUAACCUGCGCUCUCUGGAAGUGGGUGAUAAUGACCUGGUGUUUAUAUCCCACCGAGCAUUCCAUGGCCUCAGCAGCCUGGAACACCUGACUCUGGAGAAGUGCAACCUGACCUCUGUUCCAACGGAGGCCUUUACUCACCUGCACAGCCUCAACACUCUGCGUCUGCGCAACCUCAACAUCAACAGCAUCAGAGACUACUCCUUCAAACGCCUCUACCGACUCAAAGUUCUGGAGAUUGCCAAUUGGCCAUAUCUGGAUACUAUGACCACCAACUGCUUGUAUGGGUUGAAUCUUACAUCCCUAACCAUCGCCAGCUCGAAUCUGACUGCGAUUCCCUAUGUGGCCCUUCGGCAUCUGGUUUACCUACGAUUUCUGAACAUGUCCUACAACCCCAUCGUCAUCAUUGAGGGCAACAAGCUCCACGACCUGCUCAGACUUCAAGAGUUUCACCUGGUGGGCGGUAGGCUGACGAUGAUUGAGCCGUACUCUUUUAGAGGACUCAACUAUCUGAAGGUCCUGAAUGUGUCUGGGAAUUCCUUGACCACUCUGGAGGAAUCGGUCUUCCACUCAGUGGGGAACCUGGAGACCCUUGUGCUGUACGAUAACCCUCUGGCAUGCGACUGUAGGCUUCUCUGGAUCUUCCGCCGCCGCUGGAGGCUCAAUUUCAACCGGCAGCAGCCCACGUGUGCCUCACCUGAGUUCGUACAGGGUAAGGAGUUCAAAGAUUUCCCAGACAUCUUGCAACCAAAUUACUUUACGUGUCGCAAGUCCAGGAUCCGGGAACGCAAGGCACAGCAGAGGUUUGUGGACGAGGGAACUACGGUCCAGUUCGUGUGCCAGGCUGAUGGAGAUCCAGCCCCGGUCAUCAUGUGGCUUUCUCCACAGAAACAGUUCAUCACUACGAAAACGAUAGGAAGGCUUACUGUGUUUCCUGAUGGUACUCUAGAGGUGCGCUACGCUCAGAUCCAGGACAACGGCACCUACGUGUGCAUUGCAAGUAAUGCAGGUGGAAAUGACACUGCUCUUGCUCAUCUCCACGUCCACAGCUACUCUCCCGACUGGCCCAACCAACCCAACAAAACCUUUGCUUUCAUCUCCAACCAGCCCAAUGACAGUGGAGCUAAUGGGACAAAAGAAACAGUCCCAUUCCCCUUCGAUAUCAAGACCCUUAUCAUUGCCACCACCAUGGGCUUCAUCUCCUUCCUUGGUGUGGUAUUAUUCUGCCUGGUGCUGCUGUUUUUGUGGAGCAGGGGUAAAGGUAACACCAAACACAACAUCGAGAUUGAGUAUGUACCGCGGAAAUCAGACGCAGGGAUAAGCAGCAGUACUGCUGAUGCUCCUCGCAAGUUUAACAUGAAAAUGAUUUAAUCCAGCCAGGCAGUUCAAAAGACACUGUAAACACAGAACGAUAGUAAAAAUAAGAGAUCCCCUCCCUGACUAGCCUCUGGAUCCUGGGACUUUCUCGCAGAGGAAGUGCGCGUGUUUCAUUCCUCUCUGUUCUAAAGAUGGAUAUGUGGCACAAAAGUUCUUCGUUUUUGUUUGAUGUUGAAAAUAAGAGGGGAGAAAAGAUACCACACUCUUCUGUGAUGGCAUUUUCUGCUUGGCCUUCAGGGACCAUUUCUUUGAAAGAGAAUUUUGUUGUAAAACAUUCAAGUUCCAGUGGAUUUUUAUGGGCAAAAGGAUACCUAUAAAAGACUAAAACUGAACCCUUCUCAAUGUUUGUGUCAAAAUACAAAAGACAGACCAUCGUCCUCCUUCGCUGUCCUUUUGCCUGCAUUAUCUGUUUUUGUAUGAUUUCUUUUUAAUAUCCAAACUGAAAUAGUUUUAUGAAACAGCAAAAGAAGACAUUUCUGGGUUGAUAAGCACAUUAACCGGUGCAGUGCUGUAUGAAAUAUACCAUAUGUUGCGGACCAUUCCUGCCAUAUAGUUCACCUGUCCAUGGCCACACACUGUUGCUGAUGCUAGGUAUAUCAAACACUGGCUUCUCAAAUUGGAUGACAUGGUAGUUAGACUUUAUACUCAGCUCUUUUUUUACUACAGCAACUUACUGUUGAGAAUUUGUUGUUGUUCUCAUUCCCCUUCAUUUACAUUCUGACUAGCAUUGGUGCUUGAAUUAUGAAGUAGAAACUAAAUUAAGUUUGACAUUCGCAGCCUUUAAUUUUCAUUUUUUUGUGCAAAAACACAAAUAUCUAGUCCUUUGGCUCCACAUAUACAUUAUCUUCUUUUCCUUCAGUGUGUUUUUCCUUGUACUCUGUAAGGUUCUGGUUGUGGAUAGGCCAAUUCAGCAUAAGGAUUUGACAGUGUUCACAUUAGAUUUGUCUUAUUGUAUAUCUGGAAGUGUCUAGAAACUAAUCCUUCAAUGCUGAUUCUGAAUAUUCAGCUAUUUGUGGGUCUAACAGAAAGCAAAGAGCUGCUCAAGAGAGCCACAUUGUAAUAGUUAUUUUGUUACUGCUGUUUAAUUCCUUUGAGCUUUGACUUUUGACACAUUAGCCAGAAAGUAACUCUGAUGUAGACUAAUAUGGUGUGUAUGACUAAUGUCAAUUCGUAAGGGCGUAGAGUGCUUUAGUGCUGUUAUCUCAAUGUGAACAGAAUAUGGAAGCGUAAGGAAUGCAGUAAUUGCAGCUGUAUUUGUUAAUGCCACUAUAUGUUUGUGUAACACAUCACCCCCUGCUUCAUACCUAUGGAUUAAAAGCUUUAUAGUUUUAUAAUAUCAUUGUACAUCAUUGACUAAUCCAUGUAGCAGUGAAUGAGUGGUGAUUCCUCACAAACUCAAGAAAAAAAAAAAGAAAAUGUUAAUGUGCUUAACAACCCUGACAUGUUUAAAUGCUGCCUCUAACAAUUAAAAAAAAAUCUAAUGGUCCAGAAAGAAAGUUUUUUUUUUUUCUUUUUUUGAAGAAAUCUCCCUCUAACAUUAUCCAAAUAAACAUUCCUAAAACAGUCCCAAACAAGUUCAUUUAAUCUGACUGAGAAACAGUGAAAACACUGACUAUAUUAACGUGAGUAGCACAGUUGGUUAAAGAUAAUGAUGUUGUUGCUGGCUUUCCAGGACAGUGUAUGUGUGAGAUCCUUACCCUAGUAAAGCCCUUCGUGUGUGGGUAUAGGAGCUUUGAGGAUGUGAGGGGGAUACAGCCAGGCUCUUUAUAAAGAUUGACUGUGAGCUGGGUGUUGGUUUAUGGGUUAAGUGGGUUAUGCUGGAGUAAUUGUUUUGUAGUGCUGAUGGGGUCUACAGAUGGUGGAGGAGGACAGAUGGUUUCAGCCAUAGUGAUCUGCUUUAGAGCAAAUCCCCCUUACACACAGGAGUGCGGCGCUCACGCUCUCCUCCUAAUGCUCAUUGCUGAUGCUCUUUCUGUUUUACACCUCCAAACCCGCUACCACGCUCGUCCCGCAGCCGCUCCUUCAGUUCUGAGAAGACGAGAAAGACUAUGUCGAAUAAUGUGGUCCAUGACAUUCUAUUUUAUUGGA